CAGUAAACAUCGACGAACGUCGAGGUUUGAAGCCAUGACCAUCGAUGUUGCUCGAUACAUCGAUGGUUUUUUACCUCUUUAAUCGAUAGUGUUUUCGAUUUUUUUUUCCAGCUCUACGAUGUUAUUGGCUUUUAGAGCGGAAUUUCGGGAGCGUUAAAUGUUUGAUCGAUAGGUGCUUAUUGAAGAAAUUUCUGAGGUAUGUACGCGAUUACACAGCAAACGUUAUAAUUCACAAGUGUUCGAGAUCAUCAGUUCCAGAUAUUGAAUAUUGUGUUGCAUUGUAAAGUUUUCCAUUGUUAACGUAUAACGUACUUCCAUCAACAUGACAAAUACAAACGAAAACUCUAGCGAAAAUGAAAAAUUGAGUCACGUUGAAUUUUUGGAUCUAAUACCGCAUCUAUCACUUCAGGACUUGCUUUCAACUGAGUACAAAGUGGAUAAUAAAUGGAAUCUAUUAAUACAAUUAAGGGAUGCAAGCAAAAAAAUAUAUCAAUGCGCUGUGUGCAAUGUUGUACAGUCUGGUGUUAAAAAUUUAUUUGCGCAUGUGGAUGGGAAAAAACAUAAACUUAAAAUGAGCUCGAUAAAACAACUCUAUCAGGCGAAAUACACAUACGGAAAAAAUGUUAAUGAACUUUUGUUCGGCUCAAAAACUAAAAGUCCUCCAACGAAAUCUCAGCAGAGUGUGAAUACUAAAUCGUAUCAAAAUACAUCUAACAAUGAAAAUUUUGUCAAAAAUGCAUUUUUUAACUUACCCGAUAAAGCAAAAUCGACUCUACCAAAACUGGACGAAGGCAUAAAAGAUAACGCGGUAGAAAUAUUCGAUGACAUAAAUAUACAGACGUCGGAAUACCAAGCGGAAGAGACAUUAGCUAAAAGGCAAUUUAGCAAAUCGCUGCAGAAUGUUUUAGAUGAUCCAGUACCAAUAGAGUCCAAAGAAACGCAAGAUAAAUCAGAAAAAUGUGAUGUUUCGUCAACAGUUAUGGUGAUUAACGAUUAUAAAGAAGAUUGCUAUUUUGUCGAAGAAGACAAAUGUAAUUAUAGAGUAGAAAGUUUAGAUAAUAUCGAGCCAGCAGCAAAAAAAGCUAAAAUGGUGGUAAAUCCCGCAGCACUGAGCAAAAAAAAAGGGGAUGCAAUUAUAGAAGCAUUAGGCCAUGAUGAUAAAAAACCUAAAUAUCAAUCAAAUAUCACAAUAAUACCUACAAAAAUUAAACGUAGCGAAAGUUUAUUUAAUGAAUCAGAACAUGGCAGUCAACAAUUAUUUACAACGAAAAGGUUUACCUGUAAUCCACUUGAUGAUGCCGUGCAUGGCUUGGUAGGCGUAGAAUAUGUUGUGAAAAUUUUAAAGGGAUCUAAUGGUAACCAGCCCAAGUACGAAUGUGGACUGUGUGAAGUACUAAGUGAUGAUAUGGGCAUGCAAAAUCAUUUAAUUGGUUACAAUCACCGCCUUAAGUUUUGUGAAAAACACUUCCCAACAGCAAUUCGUCAAUAUCGGCAGUAUAUACGCAAUGUCAAACCUAAUGAAGUCUUCAAAGUUAUGACACCUAUAUUAAAAAGGUUAGCGAUUGCUAUUGAACAACAUCAUGGUCGUGAUUUACCAUAUGAAUGCAUUGAAAAUGAAUUCAACAUGAACCGUCAUGAGAUACUAUCUAAAGUGUUUUCAUGCCGUCAUGCAUCUGAACAGUACGGACCAACUUUUACGCAUAUAAUUGAUUCAAAAGAGGUCGAUAAGUUAAUCGAAGAGAUUGAUAAAUACCAGCCUAUCGCUAUAUCACCUAAAACUAUAGCAUUUGAUUUAGGCGCAAGGCCAACUCCAAGUAAAACUCAAUACACUAUCAACAGAAAACAACAAUCUUAUUCAACUAAUACUAAUAGAUUGGAGGCACAAUCGUUCAAUUCCUCGUUGCAUCAUUACAAUACGGAAAUUCUUCCUCUAGACAAUGAAACUCAUAAACUAAUGGUAGAAAAAUUUCUGAAAAAUAAUUGUAAACAAGGGCAUCGUUCAUCGAAGCCAGCUAACGAACUGCGGCCCACUCAAACUCUCUCACGGUCUAUUUCACCAAUUGGUAAAUUGAAUUCAAAGCGUAAAUCGCUUUCUCCAUUGCGUAAGAAUGAUGUAUGGCAGGCAUAUCGUCACUUAGUUGAUCAGAAAAUUAGGGACUUAAAUGAAGUUUUUCAAAUCUAUCGAACUGAUCCCGAAACACAUCCCGCUUAUGAUCGAGAAUGGCAGAUGUUUUGGAAGCGACGUAAGAACGAAUUAAUCGAAGCAGGACUAGAUCAUCGCGCAUAUAAUUAUCAACCAGAAUGGGUAAGGUUUUUUAACAUUCGAAUCGAAGAGUUGUAUAAUCAAUCUGUGGAAAAUAUAAAAAUUGAUGCUCGAGAAAGACUAUAUUUGCCAAUGAGUAAUGAAAGUACGUUACAUGAGAAAUAUCAUGUCCAUGUUAACUAUAGUGAAAAAGAAAAAACUACAUUAAGUGCUAAGUCUUUGAAUGAAAAAUGGCCGAGACCAGACUUAAAAGAUACUUCUAAUGAGUAUUUUAAAAAACCGCAAGUAGUUUCUGUGCUGCGAUUACUAACAGCUUUAGAAGACUAUUUGGGUAGUUUAGGUCCAAAAAUUGUAGAUCUCUUAUCUAAAGCACUUCAAGUAGAGAAGAAUAAUCCGUGUGGAUUGGAUAUUAUAAUACUGACCGAAGAAAAUUGUAGUUUAUUAGAAACUGCUAUGGAGAAGUUUAAAGGACUAAUUAUUGCUAAUAUUUUUGAGGACGUUAAACAUCAGGCUUUAAGGAAAGCUAUUGACGAAGUAGAGUGUUUACUGUCCCAAACUAAAAGAAUUAAAAGACUUCAAUCCACUUCGAAUUGCGCAGAAACGCCGAAACAAAAAAGUGACUUAUCAAAGGAAAAUCAGUUGUUAACUAAUAUACUAGCACAAGUAGACAAAAAAGAGUUAGCACUGAAAUUGGCUGGGUUGCUUGCAGCUCAGGGAAAAACAGACAUCGAUCCUGUACAGCUUCAAAAAAUUAUAUCAGUUUACAUGCUUAUUGAACAAAAAAAACAAGAAACUUUAACUACAUCAGAAGGUAAAUCAACCGAUUUGCGGAGCCAAAGUAAUCUGCGUGAUCAUCCGCUAGAAAAUAAUAAACAAUUUCCUGAGCCACAAUUUUCGUCAUAUGGAAACCCGCGUACUGACCGUAAUUUUAGUGGAAACCUUAGCAAUGCAACAUUUUAUAGCAACGAAAGUUCAAAUAGGAACAGAAAUCCGGCGUUUUCAAAUAAUUACCAACAUAGAGAUAGCAGUUUAAAUUUCGGAUAUCAACAAUCAAUUGCGCGACCACAAGAGGAGCGAAUGAAUAAUUUGUUUGAUUGGAGCACAUCUACUUUCCAUUCCUCUCAAGGACAAACUAUGAGAAACAUCGAAUGGAGUGGAAAUAACUGGAAUUGGAGAAAAUGCUAGAGCAGUUAAAAUGCUUUUCUGUAAAUUAAUAGUUCUGUUAAAAUCCAAGACUUCUACAUACUUAUAAUAUGUAGUCUGUUUUUCAUAGUAACAAUCGUGGUUAAAUUACCCAUACUUUAUGGCUAAAAUGUUGUACCAAAAUUCAUUAAAAAGAAAGUAAAAUAUAA